AUGGCCUUCAAAAUAGUUCUCUUUGUGCCUCUCUUGGUUGCUGCCAUGGCACUUCCACUAGCCGAUGCCCAACUUGGGAAUCUCCUGCCCCCUCUUCUCGGUCUGUUUCGGAUACAAGGCACUGUAUUUUGCACUGCCAAUGGCUCUGUGAGUGUUGGUGGCAAUGCUGCUACCCCAGUGUUCCCAAAUGCCACUGUCCAACUGCAGUGUGGAGCUGGAAAUGGGGUCUCGACUGUCACAGCCAAUGCGUCAGGAGUGUUUUCAAUCUUGUUGGAUCCUUUACACUUUCUUCUCUCUUCACUUUUGACUGGUUGCAGGCUUGUUGUCACCACACCACUCGCCACCUGCAAUGCUAGUUUGCCUCCGUCUGGAGUUCUCAUAUCGGCCUUGCAGUUCUUUGGAACCACCCUCGUCGGUGCCCUCAGCGUCAUCAAUGUCACCCCAGUCGGGUUCACCCUCCAAGUCUAA